AUGGGGGCGUGCUUCUCAUCAGAGGCGCCUCCAACGGCGCCCGCGGCUGCCUCUGAGGCUCAGCUGGCACCCGUGGAGGCCUCUGUUUCGGUUCCUGCGGCCUCGCUCAGCAGCGUCCCCAGCAUACCGACGACGCCGAGUGCGGCACAUGAGACAAUACGCAGCACGUCGGAGCGCACGUUCGACGACAUGAAGCUGCUGUCGCAG